UCCUUCGUGACUCCAAAAUGCAUCAAGUACCAUGACGCGUCUAGCCUGAGUCCCAACUGCCGAUUGUGACCCUGCGAUUCGUUUCACGAGCAGAGGUUCCUGUUGAAGUGUUACAAAAUGAAGACCUACAUGGCCCUCAUGGGCGCUGCCAUCUUCUUUGUGGUCAUCCUCUCCAUGUACUUGAUGCUGGACCAGACGCGGUCAUUUCCUGACCCCCAGAGCCCCCAUGACUCCCAACUCAAGUUUCAGCAGUUGUCACAUGAGGAGAUAGACCAGCUUCAAAAGAAAAUUAGUGCCUUAGAAAACGACCUUGUGAAUAACCACGAGACCAUCAACCAGCUGCGGAAUGCCGUCAAGUCACUGGCCAAGGGUGACCUGUCCUUUAAGCUGCCCCAGCUGGACCCAGUGGCGCCCAUGCACCAAAAGAAAACUGAUCCCGUCCAUCAACCCAUUCAGGUGGACUCCAAGCUGCCGGUACAGAGCUGGAAACCCCUCCCACCAUUUGACGUCCCGCGAGCUGAAGUUGGAAAGGAGGAGUGUGCCUUUGCUGCCGUGCCGAAUGGGAACAACGUUGACAUUCAGAUGUUGGAUGUGUACAACACCCUUCGCUUUGACAAUCCCGACGGUGGUGUCUGGAAGCAAGGCUAUGAUAUCAAAUAUGACCCAAACCAGUGGAAUGAAGAUCCACUCAAAGUGUUUGUAGUGCCUCACUCCCACAAUGACCCAGGUUGGAUAAAGACUGUGGAUAAAUAUUUCAAGGACCAGACAGUUCACAUCUUGGAUAACAUGGUGGUCAAGCUCCAGGAACAUCCUAAGAUGAGGUUCAUCUGGGCAGAGAUUUCUUACUUCUCCAUGUGGUGGGAGCGCACCAGCCAACAGAGCCGGGACAUCACAAAAAGGUUAUUAGAGGAGGGCCGCUUGGAGAUAGUAACAGGUGGCUGGGUCAUGACUGAUGAGGCAAACUCCAACUACUUUGCCAUGGUAGAUCAGCUCAUAGAAGGCCAUGAAUGGAUAGAGGCAUUCCUAGGAGUGAAGCCCAAGGCUGGCUGGGCCAUUGAUCCUUUCGGGAUGACCCCUACUGUGGCCUACCUGCUGCAACGCAUGGGUUUUGAGGCCAUGCUGAUUCAGCGUACCCACUACGCCAUCAAGAAGUACCUGUCUAAAGAGAAGAAACUAGAGUUCCUCUGGAGACAAAAUUGGGAUCAUGGUUCCAGCACAGAUAUGUUCUGCCACAUGAUGCCGUUCUACAGCUACGACAUUCCACACACCUGCGGACCAGACCCUAAGAUCUGUUGCCAGUAUGAUUUCAAGAGACUGCCGGGUGGGCGGAUCGCCUGCCCCUGGAGAGUGCCACCCGUCCCGAUCACUGAACAGAACGUAGCCCAAAAGGCGCAGAUCCUCCUGGACCAGUACCGCAAGAAGAGCACAUUGUACAGAACCAACAUACUCCUGGCUCCCCUGGGAGACGAUUUCCGCUACGACAAGGGUAUAGAGUGGGACCAGCAGUACACCAACUACCAGAAGCUGUUUGACUACAUGAACUCACAGCCUGGCUGGCAUGUACAGGCUCAGUUUGGCACACUGUCAGACUAUUUCAACACCCUUAUUGACCACACCAAGGGACCGACUGGUACCCAGCCUCAGGGCUUCCCUGUACUGAGUGGUGACUUCUUCACGUACACCGACAGGAAUCAGGACUACUGGUCCGGGUACUACACUUCCAGACCGUUCUAUAAGAACAUGGAUAGAUUACUAACUUCACAUUUAAGAGGAGCUGAAAUACUAUACACAGUGGCCGCUACGAAGGCUCGGCAAGUUGGAAUGGGCAAGAAAUUUGACGAGGACACCAUGAUCAAGAUGCUGACUACCGGGAGGAGAAACUUGGGCUUGUUUCAACACCAUGAUGCUAUCACAGGAACAUCCAAGGACCAUGUGGUGGUGGAUUAUGGAACAAAAUUGCUGACGUCCAUUAACGACAUGCGUAAAGUCAUGAUGAAAUCCAUCCAUUUCUUGCUGUCACCAGACCAGACGAAGUAUGCACCAUACACCGCAUUCUUCGAUGUGGAUGAAGAAAGUUCCCACCACGACCUUUUACCUGAAAAGAAAGUCUUAAAACUCUCCACAGAGGCAUCAAGCAUUGCCGUGUUUUACAACACACUCGCCCAGCAGAGGAACGAGCUUGUGCGACUCUACGUAUCGUCGCCAAACGUCCAGGUUACAGACGGAGAGAACAAAGUUAUCCCCAGUCAGUCUAAUUUGGUGUGGACAGACAACAUGCAGACAGCAAGCACAAAAUAUGAGCUGGUGUUUCCCGUUGAUAUCGCUCCACUAGGAAUCAAGAAAUAUCUCAUCAAGGACAUGGGAUCGUCAGAGUCAGAGCGGCAUGGUUUGUCCACAGUGGCUAUGUACCAUGUGCCUGGUAGUGGGACAGAGAAGAGGGGACCGUUUAUUGUUGAGAAAUUUUCAGGCUAUUCGUCGGGAGACAUCAGCAUAGAAAACUCCAACCUCAAGGCGGUGUUUAAAGGAUCCACCGGAAUGCUCAAGAAUUUGGAACAAAACUUUUUUUUAUUGAUUCCUCUUCAGCCGCUCAGUAUGGACGGUCCAUUUGUCCGAGUUGUUCGCGGCCCGUUGCUGUCGGAGGUUUAUGUCUCCUUUAAUAUGGUCAGCCAUCAUGUCACAAUCAAGGAAAGUGCUGGUGUGGAUUCCAGAGUACUGGACAUUAGGAAUGUCGUGGAUAUCCGCAGCGUCCGCAACCAGGAGUUGAUCAUGAGAUUGAAAUCCAACGUGCAGAAUCCUGAUAGAAUAUACUACACAGAUCUCAAUGGUUUCCAGCUUCAGCAACGUAAGACUCUGGACAAGCUGCCCCUCCAAGCCAAUUACUAUCCCAUGCCCAGCAUGGCUUUCUUGGAGUCCAGCGACACCCGGCUGUCCCUGCUUACCAAUCAUCCAUCUGGAGUGGCCAGUCUCCAACCCGGCUGGUUUGACGUGGUCCUGGAUCGCCGGUUGAACCAGGACGACAGUCGAGGGGUUCAGCAGGGUGUCUUAGACAACAAGAUCACGGCACUGUCCUACCAGAUCCUCCUGGAGCGAACCGAUGCUACAAACCAGAGCCCACCACAGCCGGCGGGCUUCUCCUCCCUCCUGGGCCAGGCGGCUUCCCUCUCCCUGGACCACCCGCUCUACAUCCACACCGCCCUCCCCGAGAGCCAAGAGCCCAGUGGCCAGCUGCUGCCCGAGUACCAGAUGCUGGACGAGGCAUUCCCCUGUGACAUGCACCUGCUGAACCUGCGAACCCGAGUCCAACAGAGCGAGGUCAUGGUGGAGGCCAAGCGGGAGGCAUUCCUGCUGCUUCACCGGAUGGGGUUUGAUUGCCGGUACCCCGGGGUGGCCCUGUCUUGCUCCACCAACGGUGGUAAGGUCGCUGUCAGAAAUCUCUUCCAGAACCUGAAUCUCCGGAGUCUGCAAGCCACCUCGUUAUCAGGGCUGUACGACAGCGACGAGAUGGAAGUGGAUUCGGAGUUCACCCUGGAGCCUAUGGAGAUCAACACUUACCGGGUUCAGUUCCACUGACCACCCCCCUGAAGGUUCAUGAUUCAGGUGAUCAUCGUCAAGGUCGGAUCCAGGACCCAGUCGUUGAUGGGCCAAACUUGUUUUUUUGGUUGGGGGGAGGAGGGGCAAAGAUUUGGACAUUUUUUGGGGGGGAACAUUUAAUGGCCUUUCCGAGUGUUUUACACGCUUUUGGAAGGAGGGGAAAUGAAGUAGACCAAAUUAUUGUCUUUCAGUCUUCCUCUUGUUUGAAAAAAAUCUCUCUUUUUCAGUUGGGGGGGUGGAGCUAUAGCCCCAUUGGCCGUCCUGGAUCCGCCCUUGACCAUCAUCACACAUUGUCACAUCAGUACGGGAUAGAUCUGGCCCAUGUGAACAGUUUUCUUUGUGCUAGAGGCAUGAUUCACCCUAGCUCCUUGUUUCUUGAAUUGUCUCCAGAUGGCUCUGUGUCUUUGUCAUGAGAGCUGUCUUGUGACUGCCUUUGCACCCUUCGUGUAAGUUUAGGCCAGUUGGCCCGUAUGCCAAAUGUUGUCCCCGCAAGGUGGUUUGGAGGAUGGCACACCUUAUCAGUAGACACUCCAAAUAGAGUGAAUCGGAGGGUGUUAUGUGAAUGUAUCAAAGGAUCAGUUUGGCAUUCCUUGUAGUGUGCUGCUGACUUAACGGCCGGCGACCAUUUAGACCCAGUUUGAAAAGGUAGCCCCCCCGGUAGCCCGCCCUGUAUAAUGCCUGCCCGGUA